AUCAACCAAUCAAAAUUCACCGUUGCGCGUCCGAAUAUAGCGGCCGAUAUGACAUCGAAAAUAUGGCAACCUAUCUUGUUUACCAAAUUCAAAACUAAUAAAAUAUUGCAUCACAGUAAUAAGAAGAUCGUGAAUCAAAUGCUGUUGAAUUACAAAUAGAGUUCUUUCGUUGAUUUGACUGACUAAAAAUGGCAGAAAACGGUCGCAGCAGAUCGCGACAAGGGGCAGUUUCUUCGUCGUCUGCAAGGUACGGCCAAAUAAGCAAUGUCCCACAGGCUCAGCGGAGUGACACUGGAUCGAGACGCCAAGGCAUCGGGGAAGACAACACUUCAUUGUCCCGGCUAUCAACCGACAGUAUGUUGAGAAUGCAGUCGGGUUCAAGAAAUUCUGUUAGAAGCUUGAGUAUGGCUAAUGAAAGCAUGCAAAGCUUGUUGUCUGACAUAAAAGAUGUCUAUACAGAGCGACUAAGGAAGUUAGAAGUAUCAGCAGAUCCGGGCCAGGAUACAAACAGGAAAAAGGUUCGCAUACUACAGUCUUAUGUGAGCGAUCUUUCAGAGCAGAAUGAUAUCUUGGUGAAGACUGUAGAAGAACUGGAAAAAGAGGCCAAUGACAGAGUCAUCAUUUUAGAAACAAGACUACUUCAAAAUCAAAAGGAAACGGCAUCAAGGCAGAGAAGCAUGGAGCAUGAAGUUAAAGCCCUUACCUUGGAGAAAUCAUCAGCUUGCCAAACGCUGGAUGACCUCCGUCAUCGAUAUGAUCGUGUAUCAGAAGAUGCAGCUGGCUUGAGAGAUGAAAACAAUGACCUUCGACAUGACCUCAACAUUCUCAUUGGGGUCAUCACCCAGGCUAGAGCCACAGGAAAAUGGGAGUUUUCAUCUCUUGACCUGAGAGUAAUACAAGAGGAUCAAGUCCUAGGUCCUGCAUCACUAAGGGAAAGCAUCAAGUCUUCUGAGCAGAUUCUACAAGGUCACAUUGGAGACUUGAAGGCUCAACUCGCUAAACGUGAUGUCAUGAUCAGUGAACUCCAGGAACAACUUAAAGACAUGAGGGAGGAACAAAAGUCUGCCACUGAUGAGCUUGCAAGACGAGAUGUAGUGCUUGGAUCCGCACAGACCAGUCUCGCUAGCAUGCAUGACCGUGAACAACAAAGAAUGGUCAGCGAGACGGAUAAAGAUAUUACUAUUAUGAAGUUAAAGACGGAGCUUCGGCAGUCUGAACAAAGCCUAGCUGAUGAAAAAGAAAUGAGAAAAGACCAUGAGAAAUCUAAUGAACAGCUUCAGGCAACCAUCCAUGAGUUAGAGAGAGAAAUGAGCAUUCUGGAAUCCGAGAAAUCCAAUCAUGCCCAGACUAUCACAUUGUUGAAUACAAAACAAAGGGAAUCCAAUAUGGAGCUAGAACAAGUUAGAAGGGAACUGGAUCAAAAGCAGUAUGCCACACAAGACAAUCAUCAGAUAUUGAAGGCUGAGGUUAUUAGGAGAGAUGAUACGAUUCAGAAACUACGCUCUGAUGUGCUCAAGCUUCAAGAAAGAUAUGAAAAUUCUAUUGCUGAGACUGAGCGGCAAGAGAGGAAAGUCAGGCGAUUAGAAGAUCAGUUACAGCUGAAAACGGAAGAGUUGAAACAACGAGACAGCAAGAUAGAUCUCCUGACGACAGACCUUACCUCCAGCAGACAAGAGAUCACGCAGCUCGGUAUGUCUAUCAAGGAUCUAGAGAAUGAACUUCAGCUCAGUCGACAGAAGUAUACCAAUCUUGCAGCAGAGACGGAGAACCUGAAGACAGCCUUAGAAAUGUCCAGAACGUCUUCUAAGGAUGCCAAGGAUGCACUCUCUGCUGAGGUUGCUGAAAGACACGAUGCUAUUCUCAAACUGAAGAGUGACCUAGCGGAGUUGGAGGUCACGCACAGAGAUAGCAUGAUCCAAAUGCAGCAUAGGGGAGAGGUCAUCACACAGCUGAGGGACGAGGUGGAGCGAUUAAAGUCACUGUUGGAAGAAAGUCGUCAUAAAGUGAAGAGAGCAAAUGAGAAAAUCAAAACUCUUGAACAGCAGAGAAACUCUCUUCAAGAAAUGGUGAACAGGCUGAAUGAAGAACGUGAUACAGAGCACAAUGAGAUAAUACGCAGUCAAGCAGACCUUUCUGAAAAUCAACAGCGUAUUCAGGGAUUACAGAUUGAACUGGGCACGCUCAGAGAUAGACUAUCAGAGAGUCAGUCUCAGGUGUCCAACAGAGAAGAGACUAUUGACCGAUUGCAGAAGCAGCACAGGGAUGCUUCGGAUACGAUGACAAAGAAAGAAGCAGCACUGCAGAAGCUUGAGGUCCAACUCUUGGCUGCAAGAGAAGAGAAGAGGAGAUCACAAGAAGAGCUUACAAGGAAGGAGUCCUCUUUAUCUCAGCUCGAGUCGGACUUGAAUACGACCAGACAGCAGUACAAGGAUGCGGUGGAAGAGAAUGGUAGAUUGGCUGCUCGUAUCCAAGCAAUGCAUAUCACGUCACAGAGCGAGCACGAUGUUCUUUCCAAUGAGGUGUCCAAGAAAGAUGAAGAAAUCCAAAGAUCCAAGGCUGAACAAGCUGCUCUUCAUGAACAGCUUCAUAAGACUGAAGAGAGACUAUCAUCACAGGAGUUAUCCCUGGAACAGAUGAGGCACAAACUACAGAGCAGUUCAUCAGAGUUAAAGAUGAAAGAUGAUACCAUUGAGAGUCUAGAGAGGGAACUUUAUGAUGCCAAGUCAAUGCAUAGCACAGUCAGAGAGGAGGUUGAGAGAUUGGAGAACACCUUACAUGAGAUCAACUGCGAUUACCAAUCACUUCAGAACAAAGAAGAAUCUCUCUCACAAACUAUAAGGCUGAAGGAUGACCUGAUCACCGAAUUGAAGAGUGAUACAGAGACCAUGCAUCAACAGCACCGAGAUCUAUUAUCAAAGAUGUCUGAGCGAGAUAAUGCCAUCCAAAGAUUGAGUGCAGAUAAUACCAAAUUCAAAUCCAAGCAUCAGAGCAAAGCAUCUGAGAUCCAGCGUCAAUCUGAGAUGAUGAAGAAGCUUGAAGAUUCUCUGACCAAGUCACAGUUAGACAUGGAGAAUCUGAGAAGAAAACAUCAAGAGGAAGCAACGAGACAAGAGGAAGAGAUAGCUCACCUUCAACGAGAACUCACUGAAGCUCAGCAACAGUAUUCAUCAUGCUGUGAAGAGUUGAUGAAAGCUGAAAACCAACUAGAACUUGCCAAGUCCGAUGCCGCCCGUCUGGGCAUGCAAGCAAGGCACGAUGCUGAUGAGCUCUUGAAGCUGGCGGAGAGAGUUCAACGACAGGAGCUGGAUCUCUCUGUCACCCUGGAGAAACAUCGGACCUGUCAGGCAGAGCUAGCCUCCAGGGAUCAGAGUCUCCUGAGGCUCCAGGCGGAGCUGGAUACGGUUCAGCAGCAGUAUCAAGGCAGCGAGGAGGAGACUAAAUCAUUGCAAGAGGAACUCCAUCAGCAGCAAGCAAGUUUUAAGAAUCUUCAGAAUGACUGUCAUAAUCUCAAGGACCAGAUAGAAGAGAAAGACAGGAAGUUGACAUCAGACAGCAAGCAUAUUGUCCCUGAAGAAGAGAGAGAUUUGGGAAGAAAAGAUAACCUGUCACAUCAAGCCAAGAUCCAGAAACUUGAGACUUCUCUGAAGCUUCAGCAACAGCAGUACGAGGAAGAGAUCCGAAGCUCUAACCAGGAGCUCGGGCGUCUGCGGAGGGAGCUUGAAGAGUCUGAAGGGAAAGCUGGAGAGGGCGACAGACUGGUAAUCCAGUAUAAACAGACUGUAGAAGGGCUCAAAGAAGAUCUGGCCAGGACUCAGCAGCUUCAUAAGUCAGCCAUGGAUCAGGUUGCCCAGUGUAAUCGCUCUGCAGAGAAACAGGAAGAGAUCCUGGCCAAUGUUAGACAGGAGCUAGCUGGGCUCCAGGAUCAGCUCCAGCAGACGGAAUACUCCAGGCAGGAUCUCCAGGCGGAGCUCACUAACUACAAGGAAAGGCACUCCAGUCUGGUAUCUCAGCUUCAGAAGGUGGAGAACAGUUCAGCCUUAGCCUCACAGAAGAUGGAGCAACAGAUUAGUGAACUCAAUUACAAGUUGAAAGAGCGAGAGGAAGGUAGCGAGAAACUGAAGAAGGACAUCUCCAACUUGGAGCAGCAGCUGAGAGAGACACAGACUGAGAAACACAACGGUGAGAUGGUGAUUGAUUCAUUGACUGAAGAACUGAAGAGAGUCCAGGCUGAUUUCAGGAGCACCAAGGAGAAACUAGGUCUGACUGAAGAUGGACUGCAGAGCAUCAAGGCUAGACUCAAUGAGAAACAGCAAGAGUUGAAGAGAUAUGAAGAGCAUAUGAAGAGAGUAGAAAGUGAAUUCCAAACAUACCAGGAUACUCAUAGACACACUGUACAACAGGUGUUAGAGAUUGAUGAGAAUUCCAAGCACCUUGAGCGUAAGCUCCACCAGUCUGAGGAUCGCAUCAGUUCUAAAGAAGAUGAGGUGAAUGAACUCCAGGCCAAGCUGGACGAUCUUGGAUCAGAACUGGGAGUAGUCAAGGAUCAGAGGAAUGGAUUAGAGAAGGAAUAUGAAAACCUACAACAGAAUCUCAGACAGGCUCAGACGUCUCUCGUAGAUGCUACUCAGAAACAUCAACAAGAUGAAUCCAAACUGGAGGAGUUCUCCCACAAGCUGGAGAUGGAGCUGAAGGAGGCCAAGAAAUCCAUCAAGAUGCUCCAGGAGGAUCUAAGGAGAAAGAAGGAGACGGUCAAGAAGACGGAGAAUGAGCUUUCUUCCAACAGGGAGACUGUUAAGAGAAGAAAUCAGGAGUUGGAUGAACUUCAGAGGAGACUGCGUAAGCUUGGGGAGGAGAUUAAGACGUUAGAAUCCUCCAAUAUGAGACUUGAGAAGGAGAAAGCUCAGUUUGGAGAACAUAAUUCACUCAAGGAUGAACUAGGAGAUACAAGAGAGAAUUACAAGGACUGUGCGCAGGAGUUGGCCCACCAUGAAGAGAAGUUGAUGAUCAUGGAGAGUAGCCUUCAAUCAACUCAGGAGCAGCUUAGUGGACGUGUUACCGAGGUAGUACGGUAUGAGCAGCUGACUAGACGACUUCAAUCAGAGCUCAGAUCGGUUCAGGAUCGGUGCAGUGUCAUGGAGAAUGAAGCAGUAGAACAAAGGACGAUGGCUGAACGAUUGAGGAAAGAAUUAAACCAAGCAAUGGAAGAGAUAGAAGAUAUCCAGAGAGAUCUCAUGAAACAGACCGGAGCCAAUCAACAGUUUGAAUCACAGCUCAUUGAUUCAAAUGAAAACAACAAACGUCUUCAGACAGAGAUGAUCCAGAAGGAGAAUGCAUUGAGAAGCAAACAGGAGGAGCUGGAGGUGGAGCAGCAGCGUUAUGACGAUGCCUCUAGGCAGCUCCAGGAGACAAGGAUCAACAUGGAUCAGAUGGAGGAGGAGCUGGUGGAGAUGAAGAGGAGACAGAAGGAGAUGGAAACAAUGAUAAAUGAGAAAGAUCAGCGUACUCUGAAUCUUGAGGGCGAGAUCAGCUCCCUUCAAUCCAAGCACCAUACAUCCAAAGAUCAGCUGGCUAAUCAGGAGAGCCAGCUCAGGGUUUGUCAAGCUAAUCUAGAGAUGGCUGAGAAACAGAACAGACACUAUGCGGGUGAGGUGGCUCGUUACGAAGAGACAAUCGCUCAGCUGCAGACAGACAUGGAUCAAGCCAAGGAUCAGAUCCAGACGUACCAGGAAGAGUUGGCACUGAGUCAGGGUCAGUUACAAGAUGUCAGACAUCAGUUGAUGGAUGUGAAAGGCCAGCACGAGGAAGCUAUGGAUCAGCUUGGUGAGAGGGCUACAUUGGCUGCCAAACUACAAUCUGAACUAACCAAGGCUGAUCAACAAAAUCAUUCAUUCUCAAAGGAGGUUGAGGUUUAUGAGGAUCGAAUGCGCAAGCUACGUUCAGAGCUUCAGAAGGUUCAAGAGCUUAACAGACAGAGUGAAGAUGAGCUGCAUAAGUACGAGAGCCGCUUCCAAGAUAUGAGUGCCAAACUCACCCAAGCUAAUGAUAAACACAGAGCAAGCCUACAGGAGAUAGCGAUGAGAGAAGAACAGAUCGUUGUGCUGAAAGUGGAGUUGGCCUCAAUGCAGGAGAAGUUUAGACAUCGCAAAGAAGAGAUGGAUAGGAUUCAGCGAGGGUUAUCAGAUGCACAGCAUAAAUGUCAAGAAGCCAAGCUUGAAAACGAACAGCUCAGAACAUCCCUUCAUGAGGCUAGGAAGAAUGGAGAUAGACUUCAUAAGGAGAGUGAACAUGUCGUCUCUAAUGUCAAUACAUGGGUUCAAGAACAAAAACAAGCCAAUGAGAAACUUGGUACAAAGAUCAAGGAACAGAAUCAAACCAUUAGAAACCUGACAAUAGAAAAAGACCGUUUGACGGAGAGCCUAAGCUCAGUACAGGAGAUGGUGAAUCGUCUAAGACUAGAGAAUGAAGAGAUGAAGAUAGCUACAGAGAGAAUGAAAGCAUUACAAAGUCAAUCCUCUCAUCAACAAGUCUUACUGCAGCAACUCAAAGCAAGGCUAGAAGAUAAUGAGACUAGUCAAGAGGAGGAGCUAGGUGAAAAGAUGGCGACUAUUGAAGACCUGCACGGGAGACUGAAAGCCAAUGUAGACUCGAUCCAGCAAUUAAAUCAGCAGCUAAACACACUGAAUAGAGAGAACAUUAGACAGAGAGCAGAGCUUGAGAGGGAGAGGGCUGCCAGGCAACGUCUUGAAAUGAAACUGGAUGGAAGAGAUCAGACAAUAUCUAGUCUACACGCUCAGAUGGAAUCUUCUAAUUCAUACUACCAAUACCCCCACCAUCAUACACCCCUCGCCAACGGUACACCAUCAUCCCGUAAGAUGACCGAGAGUCAUUCCGAAUCAACGGGUCUCUCGGACUCAGCCUAUGCUUCUACUCUAGAGAGAGGUGGAAGUGGAGUGUAGCUGUCGUGUAAGAUCUGGCCCCCACACUUUGACACAAACCACAUGUUCUUUGAAGUAUAGUGAGAUUGUACAUAUUUCCUGAAUGUCCAUUCUGUACUGAGCACUGGGGAAAAUAUCAUUCAUCUAAUUUCUCUGUUCUAUUUCAAUUAUUUUGUUUGUAUUAGAUAUAUGUGAUGGAAUAAUUGCCUAUUAUUGCUUUGAAUAGGGAAUUUAAACCAGUAAUAUACCUCUUAAACUUGCCAUUUUUAACAUUUGAAUGUGUUGCUUACAGA